UCUCCGUUACCAAGGCAUUCUCAACACUAGCUGGAUGGCUAGGCUAUCUGAUCUGCCAUCUAUUAUAACUAUAACAUAACCUUCAUUUAGCCUCUACUUCGAAUAGAACAAGUAAAAUAGCUCAUUAGAACCAUCGAUUCCAGGACAUUCUUACAUUACUUUAGAUUCUAGUCUGUUUGCUGUGUGACUAAAUUAUAGGCCGAAACACAGAUUUUCCGUUUGGAUCAGCUCAGUCUACAAGCUAGCUAACUUAGCUUAGUUACAUUAACGAUAGCUGCACAGCCACCAUGGCUGAAUUCGGGUUUAAUGAACACCAUCAGAAUGAAGUUAUCAAUUACAUGCGAUUUGCACGUUCAAAAAGGACUCUGAGGCUCAAGACUAUCGACUCAUGCUUUGAGGAACUCAAAGAUAGCAGGCUAGUGGAGGAAACCUUCACAGUGGAUGAGGUGAGGGAGAUGCUGGAUGGGUUGCAGGCAGUGGUGCGGGGAGAGGUGGAGAUAGAGCUCAUCAACACAGCGCACACCAAUGUGCUGCUGCUCAGACAACUCUUCUCCCAGGCUGAGAAGUUUUACCUUCGACUGCAAAGCGAUAUUUCAGAACUGGAGAACAGGGAGCUGUUAGAACAAGUGGCUGAAUUUGAGAAGACUGAUUUUAAAACCACUAAUAAGAUAAACCAGGAAACAAGUAAACCCAAGUUAGCACCACUGAACGAGGGUGGGGUAUGUGAACUUCUCAACAAGGAGAUUGCAAGAUUACAGGAGGAAAAUGACAAACUAAAAGGCAGGCUGCGGACUUUAGAAUCCCAGGCCAUGAGUGCACUAGAUGAGAAAACAAAGGCAGAGAGCGCUCUGAAAGACCUUCAGAAGGUGCAAGGUGAACAGCAGCUGGCUGCUCAAUCCCAGGAGAUCAGCAGUCUUGAGGACACAGUGGCAGCUCUGAAGGAGAGCUAUGAAAGAUCCCUCAGUGUCAAUGCUGCAUCCAAAAAGGAUCUGCAGGAGAACCUGAUUUCUGCAAAACAUGAGCUUCUUCAAGUGCAGGAGCAGCUGGCCUUAGCAGAGAAGGAGUUGGAGAAGAAGUUCCAGCAAACUGCAGCCUACCGCAACAUGAAGGACAUCCUGACCAAGAAGAACGAGCAAAUCAAAGAAAUCAGAAAAAGAUUGCAGAGAUAUGAGCCCGAUGAAUGAGUUCUACCCAAGACAGCUGGUUAAACACAUGUCCAGAGGCCAAGAUGGGACCAAAAGCUUUUGACCGUGUUAUGGACAAGAAACCACCAGUUUCACUGCUACAAGAUAAAAGAGACAGAAAAGCUAUUAUUUAUUAAUGCUUUACCUGGCAUCUUGAGUAAUUUUUGGCUCCACUAAAGACUGGGGCAUUGUCAAUACACACAUCUGAAUAAACAAAUGACACAGUAGCAAAUGAUAGCCUUCUUCAGCUGUGCUUUUAUUUUCUAAGUCUCAAAUUGGAGCUCACUUACAAUAGCUAGCAGACUUUCCUCAGUGCUCUAUGCAAUCACUGUCAUGUCCCUGUUUGAAGAGGCCUUGUCCAUUUGCUGAUUUGAACAGAUAGACUGUCUGAAACUUUGCAGAUCAGUGUAGGUAAUGCUUAGCUUUUUAAGACAAUUUUUUUUAUUGCUGUUUUCCUGAUCAUAAUUUUAAUAGCCAUUUUGUAGUCAAAAUCCAAUCCAUGAUUGAGAUUGUCAAGCAAACUCCAAGGUAGUUUGUUUAUUAUUAGUGAACAUCUUCAAAAUAAUGUUUUCUGACCCUCUGAGGUUCCUCCUGCUUUGAACUUGCUACCGAAACAUUUAAUAUCUCUUCAGACAAUGAUGUUUCCAACAAUCUGAUAUUCUCUGAAAGUAUGAUCAAUGAAAAUAUAACAUAUUUCUUGCAUUUAUUUUUUGUGCUCUUGUGUAAUGAUGACAUAGCUCAUGCUUACCUAAACAAUAUUUUUGUCUGGAAAUUUUGCCUGUGUACUUUUUGUAUUGCUGUGGGUGUUGGAGUGUAUAAGAAACAAAUCAGUAUACACAUGAUGUUCAUGAAGUAAUGCUCUUGUAGAGUAUGAUACAUCUACCCUGUGUUACACUAGAUGUACAUUUGUUUGUAUAGUGCAAAAUUAUGGGUUAAUAAAAGCUGUUAC